ACAUUAAUAUCUGUAUUUACAGAUUAUAGAUCCAUCUUUUCAAUAUUAUUGCCCGCCUGCCCAGAUUCCGGGAUAUAAAAUGGGGAAAACGAUGGACAAAAUAAAAGCUUUAAGCGGAGGCGACGGAAUAGAUUUUAAGCCUCUUCCCACAUCAGAUAGACCAGUUGAACAUCCCAGCUUAACUCCUCCUGCCUGUGAUUUACCUGUUGUAAUUGCUGCAAGGAACCUAAAGAAAGAGAAACGGUGUAAGAUCGCAAAAAUCGGUUUGAUCGGAAUAUUUGUGCUCUCAAUCAUCGUAGCUGUUAUAUCUAUCAACACUAUCCAACCAUACAUCGAUCACGUUCAGGAUAUAGAAUCCAGGAUGGGAGAAUCUAAGGCCUCCUCUCAGGGUAUCAGAUCCGAUCAGUCCAGUUCUCACAUCGGACUCAAGCUGUACAAUGAGGAGAGAAAGAAGAAUACUGGGAAUAUCCUGUUUUCUCCUUUCAGCAUUCAAUCUGCUCUUUCAAUGGUGACACUUGGAGCAAAGGAUAAUACACUUGAGCAGCUAAUCCAGUUCUUGAGCGCCCCUGGUGUUGAAGAUAUGAAUGAAAGAGUUGAGAAUCUGAAGAAAAGUUUCAGCUCUAUCCUACCAACCCUGCAGUCUAAUGAGAACUAUACUAUUGAGACAGCAAACUCAGUAUUUCUCAACGCUAACUUUGAAGUUCUAGAAACCCUGGUUAAGGAUCUAGAGACUAAUUUCCAAACUUCGUUCAGGAAAACAGAUUUUUCAAACUCACAGAGCUCUGCAUCUCUGAUAAAUGGUUGGGUUGAGGAGAAGACUAGAGAUAAGAUCAAGAAUCUGAUCAACCCUGCAGCUCUCAAUGCUAACACUAUGAUGGUUCUCGUCAAUGCUCUGUAUUUCAAGGGAAUGUGGGAGAAUAAAUUUGAGAAGAAUGAUACAAUGAAAAGAACGUUUUAUGUGUCGGAUACACGCUCCGUAGAGACUAACUUUAUGCACCAGAAGCGUAAACUGCUAGUAGGAGAGUAUAAGAAGAGAACUGUUCUAGCUCUACCCUACUCUGGAGAUAGAUUCACCAUGUACCUUAUCCUACCCCAUACAGUCAGGAGAGGUCAUGAGAGAUUUUUUGAAGAUUAUGAGGAUACAGAAUCUAAGAAAGAUGAUGACGUGAGUGUAGUUGAGAAUGAACUGGAAGCUGAACUCCUCAAUCAGAGUUUUAACAAGACAAAGUUCCAGAAAGAGGAGGUAGACCUUCUCCUUCCUUCCUUCAAGAUAGAGGCUGAUCUUCAACUCAAGGAAAUCCUCCAGAGUGUAGGUGUGAAAGCUCCAUUUUCUGGAAUUGAGGCAGAUUUCUCUGGCAUCAGCGGAGCUAAGAACCUUUUCCUUUCAGAUGCAGUUCAUAAAGCAUUCAUAGAGGUAAAUGAGGAGGGAAGUGAGGCAGCUGCUGCAACUGGUUUGAUUAUGAUGACAAGAAUGAUGCCAGCUCCACCUCUUCAGGCACACUUUGACCGGCCAUUCGUAUUCUUCCUCAGAGAUGAGCUGACCGGCCUUUUCCUCUUCCAGGGUAGAGUUGUCGAUCCAACCGUCUAGGGAUCAUCAACCUAGUGGAUCCAACUAUCUAUGGAUCAUCUACCUAGUGGAUCCAUCUAUCUAGGGAUCAUCUAUCUAGUGGAUCCAACUGUCUAGGAAUAUUCCUAGUGGAUUCAACUAUCUAGGGAUCAUAUACCUAGUGGAUCCAACUAUCCAGGGAUCAUAUACCUUUAGGGAUUAUCUAUUGUUAAAAGGAUCAUUAAUAAAUCUGUAACUUAAAAUACAAUAUGAUCCUGUUAUUUAUUAAGUUUUUAGAAUAACAAACUGAUAUUGUU